AUGCAAACUAUGACUACAGCAGCUGAACACUCAGUUCUACCACCAAAAUAUUCAUCAGGACCUAAAGGUUUAGGUGAUCCAGAUGAUAAGUCUCUAAGAAGGGUGGAAAUAGAAGUUUUAAUACCAAAACUUAUGAGAGAAAAGGCAAAAGCUGAAAAGUGUGUAGAUGAAGUAUCUCACUUUAUGGAAUGUUGCAAGGAUUCUUCAUUAUUAAUGGUUUUUAAAUGUAGGAAUGAAAAUAGUGCUAUGAAAACUUGUUUAGGCAAAUGGUAUAAAAAUGAGGAAUUCAAAAAAAUAUGUACAGAAGAAUACUUGAAGGAAAGAAGUGAAUAUAGGAGUACAGGCGUUAAAAAACCAAUAAAAAGGGCGUAA